CUGUAAUCAAAGGAAUUGGACUCAUUGUUUGUCGGUUUUGUCUGGUCUGAAAUGAUAAAUUCGAAUUAAGGAAGCCUGGACGGCAUUUUUGAAUGACUAACCUAAAAACAUAAACUGUUAAGUCAGUCUUAUUCUAUUGUUCACACCUAGUGCACCAGUCUAACAACGGCCCCUAGGUCCUGGAAUAUCGGGGGCUUUGACUUUGGGUCUAGCCAAUCCAUGGUGAAAUGCUCGUCCUGAGGGGACAAACUGCUGGUAAAAUCCCCGCCAAAUGCCCUCGCACCCAGUGAACAUCCUAGGUUAGGCCUAUUAUAAGGUACUGAAGUUAUGUUUGUGUUUCGUGAUAUCUCGUUCAUCACGGGGAAAAGCUUGGCAAAAAUGCAGACAAAUCUCGUUAAAAGAACAAAUAUCUGAUUCUCCGGGCACAAAGCCACAGCUCAUUCCCUGCUAUUUUCGGCGCGAAGCAAAAACCAAGUUGCAUUCACUGCGCACUCCGCGGGCGGCCACCUGGAAGGUUGUCCUAAAGGCUGGGUGAAUCAUGACGCACAGUGUUAUAGAUUCGUGUCAGAGCUGCUGUUUUAUGAAGAGGCGGAGGCUGCGUGCUUUUCACAAGGGGCCAAACUUGCCAGCAUAACCACUUCGGGCGAACACGAGUUCAUAUCUUCCUGGCUUCGAGGCACGAGCAGGGAGAAUUUCUGGUUGACAUCUGGCUACUACAUGCUGGGGAGAGUUUACUGGGACGAGGCAGGGUUGAUUUCCGACCCAUCAGGAUACACAUACUGGUUAGAUAACCGAGCCCCUGGGUUCUCAUCAAAGCUGUAUAGGAUUGCUUACACCCACACAGAGACUGAAUACAGAUGGACAAACAUCACCGGCAGUACCCCUGCAGCCUAUAUCUGCGAGGUCGAGCAAGGGGCCGCCCUGGCACAGGACAUCCUCAAUAGGGAUUAUGACUACGGCCUGGGUGUGACAGAUGUGAAAGAAAUCCAACGAGGACCUGUCAUUGUGCGUCAGCCGGAGGACAUCUAUUACAUUGAGGGAGCCUGGGAGGUGGAUUUUGAGUGUGUGGCUACUGGUACCCCUCUUCCUCGCUACACAUGGUGGCGGAGAGGUAACGUGCAGGAAAUCGCCACACAAGUCACUUCCGCCAUCAGCAAUAGAUACACGAUUACUGGUGGGCGACUGGUGAUCAGUUCCCCAGAACAAACCGAGGACCAGUUCAUGUACCACUGUAAGGCAGAAAAUGAAGUGGGAGCUGUGCUUAGUAAUGAAGCCACACUUUACUUUGGAUACUUGGACCAGUUUUCCAACAUACGUCCUAAGCCUGUUUAUGCAGCCGAGUUUAAAGGCACCAAGAUGGAGUGUGGUGCACCGUCCUAUUCACCAAGAGUGAACUAUGAAUGGUUCAAGAACGCAGCCACUAACAUUUUUGUUUACGAGGGCCACGGCAACCUGUUUGUCUCAAACGAUGGAAGUCUCUACGUUUCCGAGGUGCAGCCAACUGAUGCCAAUAAAAACUAUUUCUGUGUGGUGACACUGGUUAAGCCGGACAAUGCUCGAUUUGCAAAAUCCAACUCAGUCAGUCGCACAAACAUGGGCAUAGAAUUACUGCUGUCAGGAGAUACAAACAAUGAUGCCGAUUAUGGUCCAAUUCUUCACACGAAUGUUUUCCCGCAGAACACAAUAAAGGGAAGCAAUAUACGCAUGGAGUGUGUUGCCUAUGGCUCUCCACCUCUCAACUACCAAUGGUAUCGCGCGGACGGCAGGCCGUUUGUAGCGGGAACCAAACUACGUGACCUUAACCGCGUGCUAACAAUUGACAACGCAUCACUUGAAGCUGAAGGGGAUUAUAUCUGCAGGUGCACCCGGGGGUCAGGCUCCUCUAAGACACAAACAAUUACAUUAAAUAUGGACGCCAAGCCGUAUUUCCCCUACCCGAUUGGCAACAAGUUCCUGGAUGUGGGAAUGAGAUUUGACUGGCACUGCAUGGCUGUUGCUAGACCUAAGGCAACAUAUUCUUGGUAUAAAAAUGGUGCUCGUAUUGAUAGUAUACCGGGCGUUCUUGAAAUCAGGGCCAAUGUACUCACCAUCCUCUCUGUGGACAAGUUACGUGAUGAAGGAAUGUAUCAGUGCGCCGCUACAAACAACUAUGGAACUACUUUCAGUUUAGGAGAGCUCAAGGUUUUAGCACUGACUCCUAACUUCAAGCGACACCCACUUCCUCAGGUGACUUUGGUCCCGUUGGGCGGAAAUGCCAAUAUUCCUUGCAGUGUGGAAGGAGCACCAACACCAACAGUGACCUGGAUAAAGAAUGGAGGCCCCAUGGGUUUAACCCCUGGUAACCUGAAUGAUCGUAUAGGGAUGGACACGUCUUACGGGCUCGUUUUAACCUCCAUAGCCAUGUCAGACCAAGGCUUAUACACAUGCAAGGCAGAUAACCAGUUUGGAACUGCGACCAACUCGACUGAAGUUCGAGUUGUUGAUGGUAUCAUCUGGCGUAGCAGGUUACUGAACGAGACAAACGUCCAGGUGAACAGGACGGCGUUCCUGUACUGUGAGGCGUCAACAAAUGUUAACUUUGAUAUCAGUUACGUCUGGAAGUUCAACGGACAUCCAAUCAACUUCCUGUUACAGAAGGAGUAUAUUCUGGGCAUGAAUGGGCUGUACGUCACCAACGCCCAGUACAAGAAUAUGGGUCGCUAUGAAUGCGAGGCCCGGACCACAAUUCACUCCAAGACAAGCAGUGGACUGCUCAGGGUAAAUGGGCCACCUCUUAUGCCUGCGGGUGUGUAUGUGCUGGACAACACCGUAACUCCCCGUUCAGUAACCCUGGUCUGGACCUGGUUCGUAGCUAUAGAGCAUGGUGCUCCCAUUGUAGGCUAUGACAUAGAGGCAGAGUCCAACUUCAAGCCCAAUGUGUGGACAGUGGUUGCCGCAGAUAUCCCUGAGUCGAUUGCCGCUCGUGAAGCGGCUGAUCAGGGUAAGCGGGGAACACAAAGGGCCGCAACUGUGGAUGGACUCAUUCCUAACACAAACUACCGGUUCCGGGUGCGUGCAACAAAUGCCUUUGGAAAGGGGCAAGAAGCAAGUAAACCCACAACUUCUGUGAAACUAAUGCCAUCUGCACCCGUGGUUGCCCCUAGAAAUGUUGGCGGUGGUGGUGGCAAAGUUGGCACACUCCAGAUCAUUUGGGAUAUUCUGGAGCCAGCUGAACACUGCGGAGACAAUCUGAACUACAUAAUCUACUGGAAAAAGAUGAAUGAUGCAAAAGACUAUAAAAGGGAAAUUGGGAACACUCCCUUGUCCCUUGUUGAUGGGAAAUAUGUGAUAGAAGUUGGCGUAGACAAUUACUACCUUCAGUAUCAGAUAAUGGUUGCCGCCAGGAAUUCCAAGGCUCAGGGACCUAAUUCUACUGUCCAAUACAUAUACUCAGCCGAAGCCAUGCCGGCUGCGGACGUGAGGAUGGAAGAUAUGGAGACAUUCAAUGGUACAUGCAUCAUAGUCCACUGGGAGUCUGUGGCAGACACGAGGCAGGCGGUCGGGGGCAAAAUUAGGGGAUACAGGGUACAGUAUUUUGCUGACAUGUUUGGCAAUGCCAAACACGAUGAAGAACCAGACCCGAAUGUGUUGGAGGUUUUAAGCAAGGAUGUGUACGGGCAGACAGACCACGUGAAACUGGUUGGACUGUUUUCAAAUAUGGAGUAUCUGGCACGAGUCAUGGUAAUAAAUGGUGCUGGUGUGGGAACUAAAGGCAAUUGGAGAAGAGGAGAGACUUACAAUGACAUGCUCCAUGAUUACCCGACCCACAUUAAAGUGUAUGAAGUGAGUCAACACAGUGUGCGCGUGCAUUGGCGGGGAGUUGGCGUCCACGCAGGGGAAGAGUCAUUAGAGGGAUACAUUAUCCGCAUAUUCAAAGUGCAAGAGGAUAUACGCAAUGCAGUAGAUACUACGGUAGGGAAGGUGAAUGAAGCGAUCAUCAAUGGUCUCCAGUCGAAUACAGUCUAUGUGUGCAGGGUGCUUGGUACUUCAAGGGCUGGGGACGGAGCUCUUAGUGAAGCAGUGUAUUUUUCACUUACAAGUUCUGACUCUCGUUCUGUCAAUCUGAACAUUGACCCGUCCACCUCGGAGGUGUGUUACUCAGACAAUGAUUCCCGAACCUGCGGAGUUUCAUCACUCAGAUCGUUCCUGCAUAUGAAAGUUCUUAUUGCCAUUUUAACUGUGUUCUACAUCAUUUCAAGCUAACAUUUUUAUUUUAUUUUUACUUUCUUACAUUAAGAAAAAACAUUACUUUAAUGUAUGUUAACGUUUUGUUUUUUUGUGUUUUUUUUUAAAUUAUUUUGUGUUUAUAAAAGAUAAGAGCAGACCACUUGCAUUAAACAGUUUUCUUAUUUUGUCACCUUAGUGCAAAAACUCAAUAUCUGCUUUUAUUUCUAUAGGCAGUUAUUGACUUAUUGCACUAAGGUUCUUAUUUGAACCUUAAUCACCUUAGAGUUGUCUCAAUUUAUCUCUAAUCAAUUAGCUUUAUUUUUUUAAAUAAUCAUCUCAGUAUUUUGAAAUUCAUUGUUUGAGAUUUAUUAUACAACAUGCAUAUAUUUGUUCAUCUCUUAUUGGCAUAUUGUUGGUAUUAGAUAUGUGAACAAAUACUCGCUCAUUGUACAUACUCAUUAUCUGAUUUACAUUGUUUAGUUUUUACCUUAAAUACUCUUUUUUCAGUGUUUACAAUUAGAAAUCCAUUUCAACAUGUGCUCAAUAUAUAAUUUAGAUAUAUAUUGCUUUGUUUUGAAUGUUACUUACAAUUUAUACUUUUUGUUUACCUUUAGAUAUAGUUUCUUCUUGUAUAAUACAGAAAUACUUGAAAACAUCAACUUCACAUAGAAACUAUAAUGACUUUCAAUCUUUUACAAUGUUUAAAAUACUUUUUUUCUUUUUCUGUUGAAUUGUUAAUAAUUUCAUUAAGUAUGUAAAUAUAUACUGCAUUUAACAUGAAUCUCAAUACAUUUGUCAUUGUACAAAUUGUAAAUCCUGUGUAUACAUUGUGUAUUCAUGUAUCCUGUUGUAAAUCCUGUGUGUAUACAUGUUUCCUAUAUUUUUACUAUAAGACAUGUAGCACAUACAAAAUGCGAAUAAUACCUGAUAACUUUUUAAAGCUGCACUUGUGUUGUCCCCAAAUAAAGAUGUGUAAGAAAAUAUA